AUGGCUUCCAGAACUUCGGCAACAAGCACAACGCGACCAGGGCAAGAGACGACAUUAUAUCUGUUCCGUGGUAAGAAGAAGAUAAAGGAGAAUUUGGACGCUGUGAAAACCAUGGUCAACCCAGAGGAUGUCGCCGAGGCCAGGAGGAUCACCAACGAAGCGGAUCCCACCGUGGGCGGCCGGUACCCGCCUGCCGUGAUGAGCAGUCUCUUCGCAGACACUCCGGAUUUGUAA